CUCAAAUAGUGUAAUUUCGGCUUCGGAAAGGACGAUGAUGCAAACGGCAGCGAAGGCGGUCAGGCAGCGCUGGCCUGUGGCAGCGACCGUCACUGCGACAGCAACCGCGCUGGCGCUAGCUGGGCUCCAGGCGUACGGCGGCAAGUCACCGGUCAAGGCAAAUGGCGCAGACGCUCCAAGAGCGUUCGAAGCCAGCGCCGCAAUGACCUCGUCCGCGAACCCCAAUGCGCCACCAUCGCCAGUGCAGGCAGCCCGGCCACGCCGCGCGUCGCUUGUGCAAUUGGGCUACUUUCGCUUCUUGCUCGUCCCGGUCUUCUUCGGGCUCGUUGGCGCGGUGCUGGCCAUCGCCAACUACUUUGACGCGCUCAACCGAUCGCGUUACCCGUCGCUGGCAGACAUGCUGUCGCGCUGCAUUCUCUGGGCCGUCUUUGCUCUUCAGACCUUGACGCUGUGGCCGUUCCUGACGCGCUCGUCGCGCUUGCGGUCGUUCCGCGCCAACCUCGUGCUCAAAGCAGCGCAUUCUCGCAAGCUCUCGGUGUACUUUGGCUUUCAGGACGCCAUCGUAGCGCUGUCGGUGUGGCUGCCGUUUGCUGUGCUGGCGUUCGAAGCGUAUACAGAUACGAUCCACGUGUCGACACUCCAGCUCUAUGCGUUGCUGGCGGUCGUCAAUGCGCUCGUAGCAAGCGUCCAAAAGCAUAUUUACACGCUGAUUCAGCUCAACCCAGAGCUGUGCAUUCUGUGAACUAAGGACAUCCAUCCCGCAUCGGGUCAUUCAAGUGCUCCACAG